CCGAAAAUCCCACUUUUCAUGCAGUACACUCGUCAUAGGCCUAUGACGUGCACUCGUCAUAGGCCUAUGACGAGUGUACACUCUGACGAGACUGACCUAAACCCUGACAUAAAAGUAAAACAUUUUUUUUUACUCUCUUCACUCUGUCCCAUAAAUCUGAUGGGCAGAGACUUGAUGUGUACAUGUGGUAUUUGUUUGACGUCAUCUCCAGACGGCCUUAAAGUAGUUAGGCGUAGUGCCACACUCCAAAUGGUGCAAAAGGCUCCCUCUAAUCCUCUUUUUGUGUAUCAGUGGUGGAACCCGAUUGAUGAUGCUCGGAGGCUAAGCCAGGCUGGUGAAGCUCGGGUUUCUCCUCAUGCAGACCGUAUGAACCCUGAACACCUGCAUUGCACAACAUAUGUCUCAGAGGGUCCAGACGACUCUUUUGAAGAGACAUUUUUUGAGGCCCUCAAUGAUGCAAUUGCCUGUUCUACUUUGUACUGGUCAACUUGUAAAUCUGCUGUGUCUAUUUCUCUGUCUCCCAUACAGAAAGAGCUGUUUCAAGUUCCCAGCUCACACCCCCAUGUCUCACUGUCUAAAGGAGGCCUUGACCAAUGGAGGGAUUUGGGACCAUUUGUGGCUCAGUGUGAAUCUCUCACUGACUGGGAGGAGACAAUCGAUCCGCUUGUUCUGCGCUCCGCCUCUACAGGGUUUCACAGAACUCACUGUGUACUCCUCACACCAGCUUGUCGAUCUGUCUAUGUGUUUUAUGAGCACAACGACAAAGUUGAAACAUUUUCAACAACUCCCACGUCAAUUUCUCCCGCUCUUGCUUCUGUUCCACAGACACUCUGGGCGGCACACAAAUAUGACGUAGGCUUGAUCAACAACUGCCAACCGGUCGUCAUCACUCCACGUUCUGACUUCCGCCCCCACAAACACCAGUAUCCCCUGCGACACCAGGCCAUUGACGCUAUCACACCUGUAUUCAAUUUGCUUGCUUAAGAGCUUAACGCUCUCUCCCGGCUCUGCACUUCUGCAGUAUGUUGACGACUGUUUGAUUGCAGCUCCAAAUCAGACACAGUGUCAGACAGACACGCUUAAACUACUCAAACAUUUAGCGAAAAAGGCCACAAGGCCAGCCUUUCUAAAUUACAAUUUGUGUCUCAAAAUGUGCCUUUCCAAGGUCAUGACAUAUCUGGAGAAGGAAAAACCCUCUCCCCAAAAAGAAUCUUCGUGAUCGUAUCAAUACCGAUCCCCAACACCAAAAAACAGAUGAUGUCCUUUUUGGGCAUGUGCUCAUACUGUCGAUCAUUUAUUCCAAACUACUCACAAAUGGAACAACCGUUAUCAAACUUAAUCCAUGGGAAAAAUCUUACAGCACACAACAAAAUAAUCUGGACUGAAGAGGGUCUGCCGAAUCCGAAUAAGCCUGCCGAAUCCGAAUAAGCCAUUUACUCAAACAGUAGAUGAAAGACAGGGCUGCAUGACUUCUGUGCUGCUACAACCCCAUGGUGAUAAACUCCGCCCGGUGGCGUAUUUCUCUGCAAAAGUCGACCCUGUCGCCGCAGGACUGCCACAAUGUUCGCGCGCUUUUGCCGCGGCUGAAAAGGCGCUCACAGCCUCACGUGACAUAGUGGGUUACGCACCACUCACUCUGCUCGUUCCGCACGCGGUUUCUUUGAUUCUCCUCGAACAGAAAUCAUCUCACCUCUCUGCGGCUUGCUAUUUGCGUUACCACACAUGUCUCCUGGACAUGCCGAAUGUCACUAUAAACGUUGUACUAACCUUAACCCUGCAUCAUUACUUCCUAUUCCUGGGGAUGGGGAGGGCCACAACUGUUUGGCUGAGCUCCAAGCUCAGUGCACUCCUCGCCCUGACCUAGUGGACACUCCACUAACUAACAGUGACAUGGUAAUGUCCUCUGCCAUGUCACCUCUCAGCCCAGGCAGCCGAGCUCAUCGCUCUGACCGAGGCCUGUAAACUGGCUAAGGGUAAAACAUUCACAGUUCACACUGACUCUCGCUAUGCGUUUGGUGUAGUACAUGAUUUUGGGGUGCUGUGGAAACACAGGAACCUCCUUAAAUCGGACGGUAAGCCCAUCCUACAUCACACUCUCAUUGCUGAACUGUUGGAAUCCAUCUUGCUACCCACAGCUAUUGCUGUCUGUAAAUGUGCUGCCCACACGUCCAAUAUGGAUGAUGUAUCACAGGGAAAUGCUCGAGCAGACUUGGCUGCAAAAGCUGCUGCUCUGCUUCCGCUUCCCACUACCUAUGCUCUCAUGUGCUCUGAGGAGUCAGUUACAGCGAUGCAGUCACUCUCUACCCCUGAUGAAAGACGGCUUUGGUCUACGUCUGGCUGUGUUUACACCAACGGUAUCUGGACUGGACCCGAGGGCAAGCCGUGUUUACCUAAACACUAUUUUGCUCAUUAUGCUAAGUUGACUCAUGGGUUAGACCAUGUGUCAAAAGUUGGAAUGUUACGUGCCGCAGAUGUGGUUUACAAAAGGAUUCACAGAAUAUGCACAAAAAUUUUGUUCUGCAUGUGUCACCUGUUCUACUCACAAUGUAGGCAGGCCCGUGGGCGUGUCCAGCCAGGCUGCACACCCACCACCAACCCGCCCGUUUGAGCACAUUAUGAUGGAUUUUGUGGAGUUAUCUUCAUCUGAAGGUAAGAAACACUGUCUAGUGAUGGUAGACAUGUUUUCCAAGUGGGUUGAGGUUUUUCCAUCAAGCAAACAAACCGCUACAACAGUAGCCAAGGCCCUAAUUUCUGAAAUCAUUCCUCGAUGGGGCAUUCCUUCUAAAAUAUCAAGUGACAAUGGUACUCAUUUUGUCAACCAGGCCAUUACAGAAUUAAGCGCAUACCUGGGUAUUGAUUUAAAAACACACUGCGCAUACCAUCCAGCCAGUGGAGGGGCUGUGGAACGAGAAAAUGGCACACUCAAAACCAAAUUGGCAAAAUGCUGUGCAGACACAGGUCUGCCCUGGACAAAAGCCCUGCCUCUAGUGUUGAUGUACAUGCGCAUGAGAAAACAAACACGAAGCAACCUGAGUCCUUUUGAGAUAUUGUUUGGUUUUCCUCCGCUCGUAGGAACCGAGGCACCGAAGGCACCACUCAACCGCAUUAUGCGAACAUGAAAUGUUAACAUAUUGUGCACAACUCUCUUCUGCUCUGUCUAACAUACGACAAUAGGUUGCAGCCGCCCUCCCAAAACCAGCUGAAGGACCACUCCACAAACUGAAACCUGGUGACUUUGUGGUGGUGAAAGACUUCAGAAAAAAAAACUGCAAAGCACGACGCUGGCACGGACCAUUCCAGAUCCUCCUUGUCACCCAAACAGCUGUCAAAGUAGCUGAGAGGGCAUCUUGGGUCCACGCAUCCCAUUGCAAGAAGGUUCUAG